AUGCACCUCCUCGCCGCCGUCCUCCUCCUGGGCGGCCUUCUCCCCUACCUCCCGGUGGGCGCCCGCGCCGAGGACAGCUUCCGCCGCCCGCCGGGCCCCGGCCUGACGGGGGACUACCGAGACAACCCGGUCUACGCCGUCGGCGACAGCAUCGACCUGCAGUGGGAGACGACCCUCGAGUCGGCGGACCUGGCGCUGUGUCAGGAACAGCCGAGUGGGGGUGAUGACGCGCGGCCGGCCUGCGCGACGCUUGUUGCCUGCUGUGGACCGUGGGCUACGCCGGACUACCCGCGCACCAAUACCCGGGCCUGA